AGGAGAAACGCAAGAAUGGCCACACAAGCACCCAUCUUACAGGACUCUUGUUUCAAGGACCGUGCCCAUGGUGAAAGUCUGGUCAAAGCGAACAACCAUUUUGCGCUCGAUCUGUACCAACACACGAUAAAGAGUGAAAGCAAAAAUGUAUUCUUUUCUCCACUGAGUAUAUUCACCGCUCUUUGCAUGACGUACGGAGGAUCACGUGACAGGACAGCGUCCGAAAUGGAAGAAGUCAUGCACUUGGCACCACUGAAUCAGGAAAUCCAUUGUAUAUUUAAAGAACUACUCGGCUCGCUGAAAUCCCCAAGUGCCGAUUACCAGUUAAACAUGGCAAAUAAAAUAUAUGCCAAAGAUGACCAUCCAUUCCUCCAAGAUUUCAUCAGCAUGAUUCAGACUGAAUACAUUGCUGACAUUGAAAAAGUCAACUUUGCUAAAGACGUUGAAGCUAUUCGACAAAAUAUCAAUGGAUGGGUUGAAGCAGAAACUGCAAAUAAAAUCAAAGACCUGAUUCCAGGUGGGGUGUUGAAUGCUCUGACUCGUCUGGUUUUGAUCAAUGCUGUUUACUUUAAAGGAGACUGGGCUACUCAGUUCAAACACGAUGAUACCGAAAACGAUGCGCAUUUUCUCAUGAGUGACAAAGAUGUUGUUAAAGUUGACAUGAUGAAUCUUCAAGCUGAAUUCCCCAUGGAAUAUCUUCGAGAUUUAAAAACGAAGGUCCUUGAACUACCUUAUGUUAACAACCAGCUGAGCAUGGUGAUCCUUCUUCCUGAUGAACGAAAUGGCAUAUCUGAGCUUGAGUCUAAACUAACAGUAGAUAUUCUACAGUCAGUGUGCAAUCCAGUUCGACGAAGAAAAAUGAAGGUGAAUGUAGCACUUCCAAGAUUCAAAUUGGAACAAAGUUUUGACCUCGGAAAUUCUCUAAAAACUUUGGGGAUGAAACAGCUGUUCAAAGAGGGAAGUGCCGACCUCUCUGGUAUUGAUGGAACUAAAGAGCUAUACGUAUCCAAAGUUCUACACAAGGCAUUCGUUGAGGUGAAUGAAGAGGGGAGCGAAGCAGCAGCUGCAACAGCCGUGGUGAUGAGAAUGCGUUGCAUGCCCGCUCCUACACCAGAUUUCCGUUGCGAUCACCCCUUUAUGUUUAUUAUUAAGGACAAUAGAUCCAACGCUAUACUCUUCAUGGGGAAAUUGGCAAGUCCAUAA